UUUUUGCUCCGAAGUCCACGCGCCUCCUAGCCUCGCCAGUCGCCCCGAUCAUUCUGUGUUGGAUUACCCUAACAACUCGUCGGCCAUCUUGGAUUCUUGAUUAUGUGCUUGAGUUGAUUCAGUGGGUUCACUUCUUUGUUAGGGUUACUGCUAUCACAUGCGUGCUAGUCACCAACAAACGAAAAUGGGUUUCUGUGGCAGUAGUGAUACUGAUAGUAUAACCACGUCAACCGACAGGAACGAAGUUGUAGGUGUUAAUUUUGAUGAUACUCUGCCUUUUGACAGUCAAUUAUCACCGUCUUCGGUCUCUGGUGUGAACGAUGAUAUCGGGAUGGAUAAUGACUGGCGAUAUCUUGAAAACACCGUUCCUUUUGAUGAUGACGCUCCGGUUUAUGAUGAUGCAUUAGAAACCCAACCGGUAGAUCUUGCUGGUGAAACUCAAGUCUUGAGUAUUGCUGGUGAAACACAAGUUUUGGAUGACAUUGAUGACGAGGAGGAUAAUAACACCCAGUUAUUGGAUGUGGUGGAUGGAAAAGUUUCCAUUGACAGUCAUGGUGACAGAACAAAUGGAACUGGCAUUUUGGAGAACGUAAGAGAGCCCUCUUCUGAUUAUCGUCAAUGCAUAGCUGGGGCGCAAUCAGCAGAUUCCAAGCAGAUUUCAUGCGAACCUCGUAGUAGACCUGGUGAGAAGAAACUAUUGGAGAAGACUGAUCCCGUCAUCAAUCAACAGACCAGUUCAGGUUCAGUGCCUCCACGGUUUACUUCUGUCCGUGUUGAAUCAUUGAGGGAAGCUGCUCUCGCUGCUCGCAAUAUGAAUUUGAAACAAAAUGAGGAUGGGAUCAAUCCAAUCACGGGUACAAGUCAGCCCCAGGAGCCACUCUCUGUGACAAACAAUGGGGAACCUUUUCUUGGAUGCACAGAGAAAACUAGGGAAUAUGAUCAUGGGGAACACAGAGGAGAAGCAAAUGGAGAUUUUCAUAAAGAUAAGUCCAGAAUUGCCAGCUCAGUAGUGAGAAAGCUAUUCAAUGAUGAUUUGCCUGCUGAGAAGGAAGGAUGUCCUUAUAACAACAAUGAUGUCGGUGGAGAAGAAAGCUUGACUAAACUGUCUAUUUGUGAUGAUGGGUGCGCAGGACUAAGCUAUGUUGACUCUCAAGAACCUGGAGAGUUAACACAGGCAGCUGCUCUUGAUGUUGUUGAUAGGUUACUUAAAGAAAAUGAUGUUCUAGAAUGUGAUCAAGAAGCUGACUUUGUUAAUAAGGUUCAGGAAAGCUUAAAAAGUCUUCCCAGUUUGAAAGGGCAUCAAAGUUUGGCCAAGAGAGUCUAUGGUAGUGGCAAUGCUGGAAAAACUGGGGUUUAUGACUGGGAUGACAGCCGUGAGGAUGAUGGUGGGGGAGAUAUAUUUCUUAGGAGAAAGGAUGAGUUUUUGGAGGCGAUGCCAAGGCAAAAAUCCUUGCCAGCAGUUCAGAAAAUUAAAGCUAGCAGAGCAGAUGGCAGCUAUAAUAAUGAUGGGGGACAAAGUACCUAUAAUAAAAGAAUGAGGGAAGUUCAAUCUGAUUCUAGACUAGUGUUACAUAGUCUAAAAGUAAGGGAUGGCACUGUAAAAGAAGCAGCAAAAGAACCAAAAAGAAAUCUUGUCAGUGACCUGGAUGAACUGUUUAACAUCAAUUACUCUGGAGCACAGUUGGAACCUAAUGAUACUGCAGCAGAUGCACAGGGAAUGUUAGAUGUAGGUUUAGAUACUCAAAUGGCUGCUGAAGCAAUGGAAGCCUUGGUUAACUAUGAGGGCGGUGAUACUCGUGUUGCUAAUGAAGCUGCUAGAAGCAGUCUAGCAGAUCAACCCAAUAACUCUUGCCCAGGAACAAAGAAGGCAAUUACUUCGAAGAAAUGUUCAGAAAAAAAUGACAGGAUUCAGAAACGUGUUAAAUCAGAUUUACAAAAUUCAAGUUUAUUAAAAGCUCAUAAUGAAGAAGCAGGGGAGCAAUGCAAAAGGAAAAAAUUGACAAAAAGAUUGAAGAGAAGUAUGUUAAAUGUGGAGGACGGCCUAAUAUCUUGUGCUAGUGAAAACAGUGGUAAAUUUCGUUCUCAGCUCGUUGGGCAAAGAAAGUCAGCGAGGGCUUCAAAAAGACACAAGGGUAAUGAAUUACAUGAUUGCAUUGGCAGUAAGGGAGAAAAUGGAGGAAGCUUGGUCAGCAAAAGGCAUUUACAGAGUCAAGUUUUUCAUUUUUCACCAGUUGCUCGUAGAACUAGACGAUCUUUGGUUGCAAAUCAACUGAAGCCUGAUAGACCAUCCAGAAGUCAUACAGAAGAGGAUGGAAGGGUUGACUCCUUAGAGAAAAACAGUAGUAGUGUUGUCUUCCAGGCAUCUAAGAAUUUAGAUCCUAAGGCUAAGCAGAGUUGCUCUGCUCGCUUUGAAGACAAUGGAAAUACCCGUCUGAGUGCUGAUAAUGAUGGCACUAAGAGUGAUGCCUUGGACCAUCCAAGGAGAAGGUCUCUUAGGAAGUUGUCUAGUCAUGAUGAAGGAUCAGAGAGAUUAGUUGGUUCAUCUAAUUCGUCUGUGCAGUCUGAAGAUGUGGGGCUAUCAGCUGCCAGGAAGAGAAAAAUGAAGACAAGCGAUUCACCAAGAGAGAGCUUUAAGUUAUCUGAUUUGACUUCCGCAACACCAGAUAAAUGUAGAACUCCAGUAAAUGAUGCAUCCCCUGUAUGUAUGGGUGAUAAUUAUUACAAAAAGUCAUGCAAUAGGGAACUCCGUAGAGAACUCUGCAGCUUAAGUGCUAGUGGACUUGAAUUUACACCGUCUAAAGAUUCACGGAAGAGAAGGGAUAUGACUGGUAUUCGAAUUCUUUAUAGUCAACACGUGGAUGAAGAUAUAAUUAAGCAUCAAAAGAAGAUUUUAUCACGACUUGGCGUUUCUGUGGUAACUUCCAUUCUAGAUGCGACUCACUUCAUUGCUAAUAAAUUUGUGCGUACAAGGAAUAUGCUAGAGGCUAUUGCUUCUGGCAAACCAGUUGUUACCCAUUUAUGGAUUGAGAGCUGUGGACAAACUAAUUGUUUAAUUGAUGAGAAAAAUUACAUAUUGAGGGAUGCCAAAAAGGAAAAGGAGUUUGGCUUCAGUAUGUCAGUGUCAUUGGCACGUGCAAUUCGGCAUCCACUUUUAGAGGGUCGCAAAGUAUUGAUCACCCCCAAUACUAAACCUAGCAAAGAGAUUGUUUCACAUUUAGUCAAGGCGGUUCAGGGCCAGGCUGUAGAGAGAAUUGGCAGAUCUUCGUUGAAGGACGAUAAGAUUCAAGAUGAUCUGCUGAUCCUGUCUUGUGAAGAUGAUUAUGCCCUGUGUGUGCCUUUUCUUGAAAAAGGGACAGCGGUAUACAGUUCAGAGCUAUUAUUAAAUGGCAUAGUUACUCAGAAGCUGGAGUAUGAAAGGCAUCGUCUCUUUGCAGACAAUGUGAAGAAAACCCGUUCCACCAUAUGGUUAAAAGAUGGCGGAACAUACCGUGCUGUGAAUAAAUGUAAAUAAACUAGUCUGUUUCCAAUUUUUCUCAAUUUUACUUUGUGAUCUGUUGAAGUUUUUAGGUCAAUUUGUAUUAUAUCUCUUCUAAUAGAUAGCUGUGCCGGCUAUUUGUGUUCUACACGUAUGUUUUAGCUGUACAGAAAAAUGCAUCCCCCUUCAGCCACUCUA